GUGGAGGUCAGAGGGCAACUUUCAGGAAUCAGUUCCACCAUGGGUUCUGGAGACAAACUCAGGCUAUCAGGCUUGCACAGUAAGGACUUUUUAUGCCCUGAGCCAUCUCCCCAGCCCAAAAGAAGGAUCUUGAAAAGGACCAAGCUAUAGCAGGAUGGUGAUGUCUGAUAGAAUCAAUUUACCAUAAAUGUAUUAGCAGCAGUAACUUUAACUCUUGUAACAAUUUUGGAGGUGGGGUUUUCAUCCCCAUCUUCCAGGUGGGAAAACUGAAGGAUCAGAGAAUUUGUCUAGGGUCACACAAACUCAAGUGGCAGAGAUAAGCAUUUGCUAGAUUAUCAGCCCCCGCCCGCCCAAAUUCAUUCACCAAAGGAGAAGGAAGCAGAGAAAGACCAGGGUCCCCAGGAGGAAGGUGACAAUAGUCUCUGGGGCGGGACUGUGGCUUCUCUGAUCUCAGCACCCCCUCCUCCCAGGCCCCACCCCUACCCCUCCCAGUGCUGUCUAGAAGCUGUGGGGUGAGAGCUCCUCCUGGCCACCCCUUUCCUUUGAGGAAAGAAUUGCAGACCCAGAUCCUCCAGAGAACCUCUUCUUCCUCAUCAACACCCCUCCUGGGGGGUGGUGAGUGCUUCUGUCCACAUCCUCACCUGCCUGGCCUCCAGGGCCCUUGGGCCAGAGCAGGUCACUUAAGAUGACGGUCAAGCUAGAUUUUGAAGAGUGUCUCAAGGACUCGCCCCGCUUCCGAGCCUCAAUUGAGCUGGUGGAAGCUGAAGUGUCAGAAUUGGAGACCCGCCUGGAAAAGCUCCUCAAGCUAGGUACCAGCCUCCUGGAGAGUGGGCAUCAUUACCUUGCUGCCAGCCGUGCCUUCAUUGUUGGCAUUUGUGAUCUGGCUCACCUGGGUCCACCAGAGCCCAUGAUGGCGGAGUGUCUGGAAAAAUUCACUGUGAGCCUGAACCAAAAGCUGGACAGUCACGCGGAACUUUUGGAUGCCACUCAACACACACUGCAGCAGCAAAUCCAGACCCUGGUCAAGGAAGGUCUCCGGGGUUUCCGAGAGGCUCGAAGGGAUUUCUGGAGAGGGGCUGAGAGCCUGGAGGCAGCUCUUACCCACAAUGCAGAGGUCCCCAGGCGCCGUGUCCAGGAGGCAGAAGAGGCUGGAAUUGCUCUAAAGAGUGCUCGAGCUGGGUACCAGGGUCGGGCAUUGGAUUAUGCCCUGCAGAUCAAUGUGAUUGAGGAUAAGAGGAAAUUUGACAUCAUGGAGUUUGUGCUACGUUUGGUAGAGGCCCAGGCUGCCUAUUUCCAGCAGGGUCAUGAAGAGCUGAACCAACUGGCCCAGUAUCGCAAGGAGUUGGGUGCCCAGUUGCACAAGUUGGUCUUGAAUUCAGCCCGAGAGAAGAGAGACAUGGAACAGAGGCAUGUGCUGCUAAAACAGAAGGAGUUGGGUGGUGAGGAGCCAGAGCCAAGCCUAAAGGAAGGGACUAGUGGCUUGGUAAUGGAAGGACAUCUUUUCAAACGGGCCAGCAAUGCAUUUAAGACUUGGAGCAGACGCUGGUUCACCAUUCAGAACAACCAACUGGUUUACCAGAAGAAAUAUAAGGACCCUGUGACUGUGGUGGUGGACGACCUUCGUCUCUGUACAGUGAAGCUCUGCCCAGACUCGGAAAGGCGGUUCUGCUUCGAGGUGGUAUCUACCAGCAAGUCCUGCCUCCUCCAGGCUGAUUCUGAACGCCUCCUGCAGCUGUGGAUCAGUGCUGUUCAGAGCAGCAUCGCCUCAGCCUUCAGCCAGGCUCGCCUUGAUGACAGUACCCGGGGGGCAGGCCAGGUCUCAGGACAUGCUCUGGGCUCUGCUGCCACUCUGGGCUGUGGUGGGACAGCCAGAGGAAGGGAACCUGGGGGAGUUGGGCACGUAGCAGCCCAGGUACAAAGUGUAGAUGGAAAUGCCCAGUGCUGCGACUGCAGGGAGCCAGCCCCAGAAUGGGCCAGUAUCAACCUUGGUGUCACCCUCUGCAUUCAGUGUUCCGGCAUUCACAGGAGCCUUGGUGUUCAUUUCUCCAAAGUCCGCUCUCUGACCCUUGACUCCUGGGAGCCAGAACUAGUGAAGCUUAUGUGCGAGCUGGGGAAUGUUGUCAUCAACCAGAUCUACGAGGCCCGGGUGGAGGCCAUGGCAGUAAAGAAGCCAGGGCCCAGCUGCUCACGGCAGGAAAAGGAAGCCUGGAUUCAUGCCAAAUAUGUGGAGAAAAAGUUCCUAACCAAGCUUCCUGAAAUUCGAGGGCGAAGAGGUGGCAGGGGGCCCCCAAGAGGGCAUCCUCCUGUGCCCCCAAAGCCUUCCAUCAGGCCACAACCAGGGAUUGUCAGAUCCAAGUCAGAGUCCCCCUCUGGUGACCUGGGAAGCCUGCACCCUGGGGCUCUGCUGUUUCGAGCUGCUGGACAUCCUCCAUCCCUUCCCACCAUGGCAGAUGCCCUGGCCCAUGGAGCUGAUGUCAACUGGGUCAAUGGGGGUCAGGAGAAUGCCACACCUCUGAUCCAGGCCACAGCUGCUAAUUCUCUCCUGGCCUGUGAAUUUCUCCUCCAGAAUGGGGCCAAUGUGAACCAAGCAGACAGUGCUGGCCGGGGCCCACUCCACCAUGCCACCAUUCUUGGCCACACAGGGCUUGCUUGCCUGUUCCUGAAACGGGGCGCAGAUCUGGGGGCUCGAGACACAGAAGGGAGGGACCCUCUGACCAUUGCCAUGGAAACAGCCAACGCUGACAUCGUAACUCUGCUACGAUUGGCAAAGAUGAGGGAGGUUGAAGCGGCCCAGGGCCAGGCAGGAGACGAGACGUAUCUUGACAUCUUCCGUGACUUCUCCCUCAUGGCGUCAGACGACCCAGAGAAGCUGAGCCGUCGCAGUCACGACCUCCAUACUCUUUAAUUCCAGGUCCCUCCCCUCCCUGCUGUGGCGGGUUCGCCAUUAAAACCUCU